AUGAAGAUAAUUUUCCACAAGUUUGACAAGAACAAAGAUGAAGAUCUAGGGACUACUGAUCUAGUUGGAUGGAUCAUUGCCGUUGAACCCACAUUAAAUAACGAUUUGCAAAGGGUUCUAUCUUUCCUUAAAAUAUACAUGGAUACUUACCCCUCUGUCCUAAUUGAUUCAAAAGGAUUGUUCUAUAGUGGCUUCAGUCUCAUUUAUACCGAUGGUCUUCGUAACCUUAAUCAUGAUUCAAAUACUAUUACUACCCCAUCACUCGAAACUCAGACCCCAAUUCAGCACCAGGUGGUAUCAUUACAAGCACUCCCAGUUGUAGGACUUCAAGUACAACAACAACAGUGUAUGCUUCAAUCAUACCAUGUACAACAAAUACUACUACAAUUACGAGCACAAAAACAAGUUGCAAGUCUGGUGGCAACUAAUUACUCACAUAAUUCUACUUUUUCAAACAACAACCUCAUCGACAACAUUUACAGUGCUGGGAUGGCUGGAGGAAUUAACAAUGUUGGGUUGGUGUAUGAUUUCGCAAAUACAACGCAACAAAAUGAUGAAGAAGGCAUUGAUUCAACAAUAAUGUACGAUGGACCUCAUCCUGAAUUAGUUGAUAGGCUUGAAAAGGAAAUAUUGGACACAAAUUCAGGGGUUAAAUGGGAUGAUAUUGCUAGACUAAGUGAAGCAAAGAGGAUUCUACAGGAAGCAACGGUAUUGCCAUCGUUGAUGCCUGCGUAUUUCCAGGGCAUCCGGAGACCUUCGAGAGGAUUUCUUUUGCUUGGUCCUAAAACACUCUUGCCCAAAGUUAUUGCUACAGAGUGUGGGACAACAUUUCUGAAUAUUUCUUGUAGUUCAUUAUGUGGAGAAUGUUACGGGGAGAGAGAGCGAUUGACACAAUGCUUAUUUGAGAUUGCCCGUAGUUAUGCUCCAACUACAAUUUUCAUUGACGAGAUUGAUUCUCUUUGCAGUGCCAGAGGGUCUGGUACAGAGCAUGAAAAAUCCCGAAGGGUAAAGUCUAAACUUCUAGUUCAGAUCGAUGGAUUACACAACUCUAAUUCACUAUGCUACUGUAAGAGGCGGCUAGAAAAGAGGAUUUACUUCCCACUUCCUGAAUUUAAGAGUUGUAAGGAGCUUAUAAAGAUAAACUUGAAAUCAAUCAAGUUAGCACCUAGGCUAGAUAUUCUCCAAGUGGCACAAAGAACAGAAGGCUACAGUGGAGACGAUCUAACAAACAUCUAUAGAGAUGCUUCUUUUAAUGGGAUGAGACAGGAGAUAUCAGGGAAAACUACGAUGGAUGACUUGUUGGAAGCUUUAGAUAAAAUACAGCCCACAUUUUCUACAGAAGACAUUCAACGAUAUGAAAAAUGGCUCUCAGAUUUAUGA